UUCACUUAGGGCAACAAAACUCAACCCUCUCCUCAGGGUGCGCGGCAAAAUACAAACAGUCAGUAGCGCCGUUGUUGUGAUUGUUGUCAAACGGGCGACACAGCUGGCUCAUAUGUAUCAUAUUAUAUUAUAUAAGCGUUCCUAACUUGAUCUUUUUGGAGAGCGGAUUCAUAUAAAUGCAUUCUGGGGGGAUAUAACCGAGUAAUAAUAUCAGUUAUAUUGAAGCCAACAUAAUAGCUAGCUGAGCUAAGCUAACCGUUAGCAUAACUCACUAACGUCGUCGUUAAAAAGACAAACCUCAACAUAAAUGGAGACAAAGUACCUUACCUUGAAGAGACCUAAAAGGAAACUCUGCUACUCUACAAACAAGGAAAAGAGCCCAUCUAAAUGGAAAGUACCGCUGACAUUGGGAGACAUUGACAGGAUGUUUGAUGACUUGGAUCCAUCCUCAUAUGAUAAAAUUGACCUAUCGCCCCCAUCUCCUCUGCUCCAGACAUUUGAUACUGAGACAAACCAGUGUGAGAGAGAGGCUUCAACAGUCCCACAGAAGGGACACGUAAUGGAAAAACUUCCAAGAUGCCAAAUGGAUCUUGAAGGACAUGUACUGCAUCCUGCAACAAGGUCACCCAGUCCUAGACUAGUCAUUGAUUUUGACAUCCCAUUUAAAGCACAUAUGCCUGUGAAGACUUCCAGCCCUAUUGAGGGGAAUAUGGUUGUUGAAGUGCUGGACAAUGAAAAAGACCAGGUUGUGUGCCCGCUGCUCUUUGCCUGUGAAGAUGAAGAUAAAGAAAAAGCAAACACGGAGCCUCCGCUCCUCCAGAAACCACAGUGCACUGGCCACGUCACAGAGGAAAGAGAUGACUUUGAGUUCGAGUCUCCUCCACGCAGGGUUGUUAUUAGCAAACCUCAGAUGUCCAGUUGCAAAAACGAGGUGGAGGGAUCAAGCAAAGAGAGUCACCCAGUCAAAGUAAAAACACCCAAGAAACCUCAAACACCUGUUUUGGAGAGCAAAAGAAAAGCACCAAGGCAAGAAACAGCAGACCCACCUGUGUCAGCAGCGCGACAGGAGCCUGAACUCGCAGCUCCUAAGAGAAAAACUGAAAAUGUUAAUAGGGUGCCAUCGGUGGGGUCCACCUGUAUCAGAAAACAUGACAUGACAGCUUUUCUUAAGCAGCUUACAGAGGCUGGAAAGCCCAAACCCUCAAGUUCCAGGACGAUUCUGCCAGUGGUGAAAGUACCCACUCCUCCCCCUGAGCUAGAGGAUGACUUCCUGAUUCUGGAGGAUGAACCUCUUUGGAUUUCCAUCCCAAGUAAAACUGGCACCCGUAAGAAUCACAGACUGAGCAGAACUUCCAGCACCGACAAAGACAGCUCAACAGACAAGGGCACAAAGGAUAGCCCACCAGAGACUGCACAAAAACAGCAGGAAUCUGAACGGACAAAGAGCAAACUGGGAAGUCAAACGGUCAAUCAGAAAACGAAGAUGAGAGGGAAAGAGAAGAAGAAUGAGGUGACUGAGCCUGGAAAUGAAAAGAAUGAAUUGUCUGGUCCUGAAGAUCUGCCCGCAGGCGACGAAAUGGAAGAAGAGAAACCAAACAAAAAGAAACAACGACUAAAGAAGGUACCUUAUAAACAAAGUGACGAGGAAGAAGAGCAACCGAAAGACGGACCCAGCGGGGAAGAAAAACCCGCUCGGAAAACAGAAAAGAAAGCUCAAAGAUUGGAGUCUUUAAAAGUUGGGAAUGAAAAUGCCAAGACGAGCAGGGCUACGCCAUUAAAGAGGGGCAGAAAAGUGACGCAGGGAUCUGAUGCAGUAAAGCAGAUGAUGGAUGUUGAGGCUGGGAAGGAGCAAAGUUCCAGCAGCGAGGAGCACGCAGAUGCUGAAGACCUGGGUUCACUUUCAGACAAAGAAAUUACGACUUCUGAAGCGCAGUCAGAAAAGGAUUUUGCAGCUGAAAGGGAUAAACACAAAAAACUAGCGGUUGGGUCUGAAUGGAGUUCAUCUGAAGACGAUCAGAUUCUUGGGAAUAGGAAAAGGAGGCAUCGGAUCACAGAGGAACCAAAGGUCACAGACAACCAGCCGACACUCAAGAAGUCGAAACAGCACAACAAGGAGCCCAGCGCAGCAGAAGCACCUUCACCUGUAAAGGCGAAGGAGGACAGAGUUUUAAAGAAAAGAAAUCAGACACAACGUGCACCGUCAUCCAGUCAGGAUAGGAAUAUAGCUAAAGAAAAGAAAACCAAACAGAACAAAAACAGAAAUACAAGACGAGACACACGACCAUACGAAGUAGUUCACACGACUGAGGCCGAGCAGUUUGAAGAGCAGGAGCAGCAGGAGGUCGCGGACCAGGACCUGGAUGUACAUAGCCCUUUGGUCCUCACACAGAGAAGCCACAUCCUUAACUCAGGGGAGCAGGUAUUUCAAAGAGUAUACCAUCAUACCCCUAGUGAAAAACUGUCCAUCACACCAGCGUCCGUCUCUCCCCGAGGACCUCAGGAGCAGCUCAGGACAGCAGAAUCAGGGAGACGGAGGAGAAAAACUCCCGGGAACUGGUGGACGGUUGACGACGUGCAUGAAGACGUGGAGAGCAUCUCCUCGCAGCAGCAGAAGCAGAAGCAGAAGCAGAAGCAGAAGCAGAAGCAGAAGCGAGAACCUCAUCAGGAAAGAAAAAAGCAGAGCCGAUCCCCUCGACUCGGGACUCCUAAAAAUGGCAACGUGGCCGUCUCAUCAAAACCAGCUCCCGUGCCUUUUUUAGAAAUGACACCAUUGUCGGCUCCAAAGACCGUGAAACGCUCUCUGGCCACGUUUAAAGACAUUUUAGAGUCGGUCACAGAGACCCCGACUGUGGUCAGCAGGAGAGAAGCAGGUCAGAGGAACAGACGUAAAGUCGCCGCCCGUCCUGCUGAGGAAGUCGCUGCUAGUGACUGUCCAAUAUCCAGUAAGACUGAUGGAGGUAUUCUCAGUAUGGAUACUGGUGAACCCAGGAACACAGACAACAGCCCUCCCAACCACGAGAUCCCACCGGACAGCAGGUGUCAGUCAGAAGACAGGUCAAAAACCCUCAGAAGUGGUCCGUCCUCCAUGAUUGGGCUGAAAGAGUACGAGGAGGAUGACGGCUCGAUUCUGAUGCCACCCAGAGUCCGCGCUGCUCUCUCUGUAUCAGAUCUGUGUGCUCCUCCUCUCAGACCGCUGGUCCUACAGACGAAGGAUGAGGCCAACCUGAAGGAGUGGUUUAAGAGCCUCUGGUCCAACCCUGUCGGCAAAGGUGCUGUGGUCACUCCAGACCAGUUUGACUGGUACUUCUAUCAAGGCAGAGCUAUUGGCUUGCAGGUGGAGCUGAACGGUGGCUCCUUCUGUAACGGGAAGAUCCUGAUGGGCUCCUACAUGAAGAAGCCUCUGUGGGUGGAUCACAGCGCCACAACAGUUUUUAACUUAUUAACAAGCUCUGUGAGUGUAACCAUCGACAGCAAGGAAUCCCGCUUCCAUCCCGGACAAUCCUUUAUGGUACCAUGUGGACACGCUUACAGCCUCCAGAACGUCACUGCUCAGCCUGCAGUUCUGUACUUCACCAGGAUGUCAGCAGAAAGUUCAGAUUGAAGUUAUAUAAUUGGAUAACCAGCCACAUGUUUCUAAGAAACAACCCUGAAUAUGUAAAAACAUUUUUUUAAAAAGACUGGGGAUGUAUUUCAUUAUUUUUGAAUUUAAAUUGACUUACUUUCUGUAUUGAAAUAUAAGCUGUAAAUAGGAAAAAAAUAAAACGUUUGGUUAGUUUUUAAAGAAGUAAUUCCUUAGCUGUGAUUAAUAAAAUUCUGUUGAAACAAAUGAACAUGAUUUGUAAAUAA